AUGGGCGUACUACUUCGGCUGGUGAGAGGGAGCAGAUCCAGAGAGGAAGUUGUGGCAACAGCAGGGAAAGAGGAGGGAGAGGGUAUAGGGGGAUGGGGCUGGGCAAGGAAGAGCAACGCCCACAGCAACGCCCACAGCAACGCCCACAGCAACGCCCACAGCAACGCCCACAGCAACGCCCACAGCAACGCCCACAGCAACGCCCACAGCAACGCCCACAGCAACGCCCACAGCAACGCCCACAGCAACGCCCACAGCAACGCCCACAGCAACGCCCACAGCAACGCCCACAGCAACGCCCACAGCAACGCCCACAGCAACGCCCACAGCAACGCCCACAGCAACGCCCACAGCAACGCCCACAGCAACGCCCACAGCAACGCCCACAGCAACGCCCACAGCAACGCCCACAGCAACGCCCACAGCAACGCCCACAGCAACGCCCACAGCAACGCCCACAGCAACGCCCACAGCAACGCCCACAGCAACGCCCACAGCAACGCCCACAGCAACGCCCACAGCAACGCCCACAGCAACGCCCACAGCAACGCCCACAGCAACGCCCACAGCAACGCCCACAGCAACGCCCACAGCAACGCCCACAGCAACGCCCACAGCAACGCCCACAGCAACGCCCACAGCAACGCCCACAGCAACGCCCACAGCAACGCCCACAGCAACGCCCACAGCAACGCCCACAGCAACGCCCACAGCAACGCCCACAGCAACGCCCACAGCAACGCCCACAGCAACGCCCACAGCAACGCCCACAGCAACGCCCACAGCAACGCCCACAGCAACGCCCACAGCAACGCCCACAGCAACGCCCACAGCAACGCCCACAGCAACGCCCACAGCAACGCCCACAGCAACGCCCACAGCAACGCCCACAGCAACGCCCACAGCAACGCCCACAGCAACGCCCACAGCAACGCCCACAGCAACGCCCACAGCAACGCCCACAGCAACGCCCACAGCAACGCCCACAGCAACGCCCACAGCAACGCCCACAGCAACGCCCACAGCAACGCCCACAGCAACGCCCACAGCAACGCCCACAGCAACGCCCACAGCAACGCCCACAGCAACGCCCACAGCAACGCCCACAGCAACGCCCACAGCAACGCCCACAGCAACGCCCACAGCAACGCCCACAGCAACGCCCACAGCAACGCCCACAGCAACGCCCACAGCAACGCCCACAGCAACGCCCACAGCAACGCCCACAGCAACGCCCACAGCAACGCCCACAGCAACGCCCACAGCAACGCCCACAGCAACCCUACGCCCACAGCCUACGCCCACAGCCUACGCCCACAGCCUACGCCCACAGCCUACGCCAACACCUACGCCAACACCUACGCCAACACCUACGCCAACACCUACGCCAACACCUACGCCAACACCUACGCCAACACCUACGCCAACACCUACGCCAACACCUACGCCAACACCUACGCCAACACCUACGCCAACACCUACGCCAACACCUACGCCAACACCUACGCCAACACCUACGCCAACACCUACGCCAACACCUACGCCAACACCUACGCCAACACCUACGCCAACACCUACGCCAACACCUACGCCAACACCUACGCCAACACCUACGCCAACACCUACGCCAACACCUACGCCAACACCUACGCCAACACCUACGCCAACACCUACGCCAACACCUACGCCAACACCUACGCCAACACCUACGCCAACACCUACGCCAACACCUACGCCAACACCUACGCCAACACCUACGCCAACACCUACGCCAACACCUACGCCAACACCUACGCCAACACCUACGCCAACACCUACGCCAACACCUACGCCAACACCUACGCCAACACCUACGCCAACACCUACGCCAACACCUACGCCAACACCUACGCCAACACCUACGCCAACACCUACGCCAACACCUACGCCAACACCUACGCCAACACCUACGCCAACACCUACGCCAACACCUACGCCAACACCUACGCCAACACCUACGCCAACACCUACGCCAACACCUACGCCAACACCUACGCCAACACCUACGCCAACACCUACGCCAACACCUACGCCAACACCUACGCCAACACCUACGCCAACACCUACGCCAACACCUACGCCAACACCUACGCCAACACCUACGCCAACACCUACGCCAACACCUACGCCAACACCUACGCCAACACCUACGCCAACACCUACGCCAACACCUACGCCAACACCUACGCCAACACCUACGCCAACACCUACGCCAACACCUACGCCAACACCUACGCCAACACCUACGCCAACACCUACGCCAACACCUACGCCAACACCUACGCCAACACCUACGCCAACACCUACGCCAACACCUACGCCAACACCUACGCCAACACCUACGCCAACACCUACGCCAACACCUACGCCAACACCUACGCCAACACCUACGCCAACACCUACGCCAACACCUACGCCAACACCUACGCCAACACCUACGCCAACACCUACGCCAACACCUACGCCAACACCUACGCCAACACCUACGCCAACACCUACGCCAACACCUACGCCAACACCUACGCCAACACCUACGCCAACACCUACGCCAACACCUACGCCAACACCUACGCCAACACCUACAGCUGCCAGCUGCCACUUACAGCCACUGCCACAGUGCAGGACUAA